GCGCUGCCUUCGUUUUUCAAAAUGGCGCAACCCAUGGUCAGCAUUUAAUAGUGCAGGCCGGGUUUUUCAAGGCGACAUAUAUCGGAAAAUUUACGAUUCUGUAAAGCUUUAGGGUGCUCGUAUGAAAAUCUGAGAAAUACGCCGGUGUGUGAAUAUGAUGUUGAAUGCUGUGCGUGCGGCCUUCAGCCAGCGGAUGCAUGUCAAGCCUCUGAUUAGUUGCAGCUAUCACGUGACGGCGAGACGCUUCUCCAAGUCCCAUGCGAGGCAGGGAGAUCCUUUGGCUCAAGAAUAUGAUGCUGUCAUCAUCGGUGCUGGCCACAAUGGACUGACUGCGGCGGCCUAUCUUCAAAAGGCGGGCCUGAAGACUCUGGUUUUGGAGAGGAGGCAUGUCACAGGAGGAGCUGCUGUCACUGAGGAGAUUGUGCCAGGUUUCAAGUUCUCCCGAUGUUCUUAUGUUCUAAGUCUCUUACGACCAGAUAUAUAUGAGGAUCUAGAACUCAAGAGGCACGGGUUGAAGGUUCACAUCCGGGAUUCUUAUGCCUUCACACCACUACUGGAAGACCCAGGACCAGGUGGCAGGCCUCGAUCUCUUCUCCUGUCCUGUGAUCAGAAUAAAACCUACGAGCAGAUUGCACAGUUCUCAGAAAAAGAUGCCAAGAGGUAUUUUGAGUAUGAACAUGAGAUGACAGCCAUUGCCCAAGCCCUUGGCCCUCUCAUAGAUGCCCCACCAGUGGAGCUGUCUGCAAUUUCUAAUGGCACAUUGAGAGAUCGAAUGGACAUAUGGCCAGGUGUAAAGGCAAUACUACAAACAGGAAAAGCUUUGGGGAAAAAUCUUCCCCAAUUUUAUGAGCUUGUGACUGCUCCAAUGGAAAAGAUCCUGGAUCGAUGGUUUGAAUCGGAACCUCUGAAGGCAACACUGGCCACAGACUCUGUGAUUGGUGCCAUGGUAACACCAAAAACCCCUGGAAGUGGCUAUGUCUUAAUCCAUCACGUGAUGGGAGAAGCAGAAGGUAUCAAGGGUGCCUGGGGUUAUGCUGAGGGGGGCAUGGGUGCCGUCUCUAGGAGUAUUGCCAAUGCUGCUGAGGCCCAUGGAGCCACCAUUCUGACAGAGAAGCCUGUGAGUACAGUGCUGUUGGAUUCUGAUCAGAGGGCCUGUGGAGUUGUCUUAGAGGACGGAACUGAAGUCCGCAGUAAGAUAGUGCUGUCCAAUGCAACGGCCAGAAUCACCUACUUGAAUCUGACCCCUGAGGAAGCUCUACCCAAGGAAUUCAUUGAGGAGGUCCAAGCCAUUGAUUACACUUCCCCAGUCACAAAGAUAAAUGUUGCUAUGGACAGACUGCCGGAUUUUAAGGCCAGCCCCAGCGGGAAGACAAAACAGCCUGGUCCCCAUCACACGUGCACCAUACACCUGAACUGCGAGACAACAGACUUGCUGGAGAAGGCCUACCAGCCCUGCCAGACGGGGCACAUCUCGGACCGGCCCAUGAUCGAGAUGUGCAUUCCCUCCUCCCUGGACCAGACCAUUGCCCCAGAGGGGUGCCAUGUCCUGUCAUUAUUCACCCAGUAUACCCCUUACCAUUUGGCUGAUGGGAAAAAAUGGGAUGAGGAUGCCAAGAAUGCAUAUGCUGAUAAGGUCUUUGACUGCAUUGAAGACUACUGCUCUGGUUUCAAGUCCAGUGUCAUUGGUAGAGACAUCUUACCUCCGCCUGAGUUGGAAAGGAUAUUUGGACUGACUGGAGGGAAUGUCUUUCACAGCACAAUGUCGCUGGACCAGAUUUACUUUGCUCGGCCAGUGCUAUCGUCGACCUACAGGUCACCAUUGCCUGGGUUGUACCUUUGUGGUGCCGGUGCCCAUCCUGGAGGGGGAGUGAUGGGUGCACCUGGACGAAAUGCGGCACAGGUGGCUAGCAAGGAUCUCAAGAGGCAGGGCAAGAGAAGGUAGAAACCAUCAAGACAGAAUUGUUGCUUUCAUAUUCCGCGGCACUGGACACUGAGGAAUGCCCUGAAUCUCCAAGCUUUGUUUUUUUUCCUAUUGGGUGCUGUGUAAUUGGACUUGUGCAUUUUCAAGAGGAGCCAGUAUUAAGCCUUGUCAUGUGUGCUACUAGUUAGGCUGGCGGCUGCAUGCUUUUUCAUACAUGCUUGUCUUAGUCUCAGCUGCAACCAAUUAAACUGGACAUGGCCCAAGUUGCAAAAAAUGUAGUACAUGUACAUGCAUUUUAGUUCUGCAAAAGCUGAACUUCUAUUUGCUCACGGAAACUUGUGUGCUAUUUCCCAUCUGAUUUUGUGCUAGACAUGGAGAUUAAAUACUUUUUAAUGAUUGAAGAUGAUUUUAAAGCUUCACCACUGUAAAUGUUAAAUAUAACUUCGAGAAAUUAUAAUAAGCUUUGAGCUGGACCAAGAGAUGGUGCUAUUUUCUUAGCAAUGAAGGCUCCUUUGGUUGGAACUGAACUUUGCUAGUUGACUAAUGACCAAGAAAUGCAUCACGGUCACAUCGCUACCAAGAAAUUCAACACUCUUGACCAGUGGGGUUCUUUUCAACCAAUGGGAAGGGAUGUCUGCUCGAGGCAGAAAGCGACUGUGACAGUAUGUAUUCAGAGUGGUUUUUGAACUCAGGGCCUUGGAUAAAUGCAAGUUUAGAAGCCUGGAGUUUAGGUUGGGUGGGAAUGGCAUGUGACAUUUGACAGGAUGUGACUCAUCCUGACAAAAUGAGACUGAAUUCGCAUUCUGUUCUUUCCUAUUGUGACUGUUCAGAGUGAAAAACUGAAAGGAUAGUCAAUUUGGGGGUUUGUAAUAGUUGGCAAGAGUGACCCCUCUUCCAUUUAAUUCACAUUUUUAGCAGGAUCAGAUACAUGUAUUUAAAAACAUGUUCUUAGCAAUUUUGAUGGUAAGAUUAUUUAUGCGUGGUCAGGAAUGUUGAAAUAUUGUCGUCAGCAGACACAAAGCUGCUGAAAGUCACAUUGUCACCGUACAUUUACCCUACUACAUGUACA